GCUUCGGUACCAGCUCCGCACAUUCGCGCGCUUCUCGUCGGUUCUUCUCUUCCUUUGACGCGGACAUCUAUCCCGUACACAGUGAUCUAUCUUUUCUUAUUACUGUUCAGUCUUUUUUUUUCCCUCUCUUUCUCCUAUUUUUUUCCCUUUCGCUCCACGAUCGUUUCAACGAAUUCAGCAGAUCAUCGAGGGAAGGUCUCUGUCGGUGAAAAUCGAACGAGGUUCACGCGACACAUAUACGCGUAAAAGUCGAAGAAUCGGAGCAACAGAACGAAAGAGCACAGGUGGCGAACCACCAGCGAGGAAAACGCUACGAGAUCGAUAGUGUUGUGGCAACCACGUUUCAAACCACUCUGCUAGUCAGGUAUAGUUGCCGGUUCGCUGUCAGAGCUAGACUGAAAACAGGUGUUUCCGCUUCGCGAACAGAAUUGGAGAGGUAACGUCAACAGCUCCCUAGCAGCUCUCGCGUGCAAAAUUUACCCUCGACAGGAGAAUAGUUGAAGUCGGUUGAUUUAGGAUGAAUCGCAUCUGACAUCGCUCUUCGCGACUGUCAAGGUAUACAAUAAGGGUGUUUCCGGGAAGCACGUGUGUAUUCAGUGUCUCCGAAGGAAGGGGAUGUAAAGGAGCGAGCGACGAGCAGCAAUAAUACUGUGCAGAAGAGAAGAAUCGCGGUGUACGUUAACGUAGCAAAGACGUAGUUUGAGAUUGCAUCGAAAAUAUGAGGUGGAGCAAAAUUGUUUCGCGACUGUCAAGCGUCGACGGCUACCUGACAACGAUAGCGUUUCUCGCUUUGUGCGCGAGUACGGAAGCAGCGCCGCUCAAUGUCGUCAUCAGCGACACCACUGCUGCGAAUUAUCUGGCGCAAUACGGAUAUUUGCCGCCAAUAAAUCCAGAGAGUGGUGCCUUCUUAAGCGAAGAAAAGCUGACGGCAGCGAUAGAAGAAUUUCAAGCUUUCGCCGGUCUUAACAUAACGGGUGAAUUAAAUGAAGAGACUGCUAAACUUAUGGCUACACCAAGAUGCGGUGUUAAAGACAAGGUUGGACCAGCUGCUGAUGGAAGGUCGAAGAGAUACGCUCUUCAAGGGUCCAGAUGGCGUACAAAGAAUCUAACGUACAAGCUCAGCAAGUAUCCGACUGGUCUGAACAAACAGGAAGUGGAUAAAGAAAUCGCGAAAGCCUUUGGCGUUUGGUCAAAUGAAACUGAUUUGACAUUCACCCGCAAAUCGGGACACGAAAACGUUCAUAUCGAAAUUAGAUUCGAGGUAGGCGAGCACGGAGACGGUGAUCCUUUCGAUGGACCUGGUGGUACCUUGGCGCACGCAUAUUUUCCCGUAUACGGUGGCGAUGCUCAUUUUGACGAUUCUGAACGUUGGACUAUCAGAAGCUAUCGCGGUACCAAUCUCUUCCAGGUCGCGGCUCAUGAAUUUGGGCACUCGCUCGGCUUGAGUCACAGCGACGUUAAAAGCGCACUGAUGGCACCCUUUUAUCGCGGCUACGAUCCGCACUUUGUUCUAGACCAAGACGAUACCGCCGCUAUUCAGGCUUUAUACGGGGAGAAAACCAAGCAUAUACCACGAGGUGGAACACCUCACGGAAGUGCUUCGCCACCUGCUGAAGAAGAUCCUGAAUUGUGCAAGGAUCCGAAAAUCGAUGCAAUGUUCAGUACUAAAGGAGGCGAAACGAUUGUGUUCAAGGGAAAACAUUAUUGGAAAUUAACAGACUACGGUGUAGCUAGUGGCUAUCCUAGACUUAUUAAUAGCGCGUGGAAAGAGCUUCCGUCAAAUAUAGACGCCGCAUUUACGUACAGAAAUGGCAAAACUUAUUUCUUCAAGGGAACGCAAUAUUGGAGGUAUAUUAAUACAACUAUGGACGGUGAUUAUCCGAAGGAAAUUAGCGACGGUUUCACCGGUAUCCCCGAUCACAUUGACGCGGCUACUGUAUGGACCGGAAACGGCAAGAUUUACUUCUACAAGGGUACGAAAUUUUGGCGCUUUGAUCCGGCGUCGAAGCCACCAGUGAGGAGUAACUAUCCUAAACUUAUUCAAAACUGGCAAGGUAUCCCGGAUCACAUCAACGCAGCAGUAACUUACAAAGGUUACACGUAUUUCUUCCAAGAUAACGCCUAUUAUCGAUUCAACGACCGAAUGUUCAGGGUGGACGAUGCUGAUCCCGCCUUCCCAAGAUCGACGGCGUAUUGGUGGUUUGGCUGCAAAUCCGCUAAUAAAGGGACGCUAGGUAAUGAUCUCUGGCCAUUCGCAUUUGCCAGCAAUCUGGACGUGGCUGACAUGCACGACGAUUACAAUAAUCUUGACAGCGUCGGCGACAUCAUCUUAGACGCAGGAGAUUUAGCCUCUCGAGCCAAGACGAUCAACCACCCGCAUUAACCGGGAGCAAUCGCCUUUUCCAGACGACAACAAUGUACAUUCCGAAUUCGGGAAAAAGUGAGCGGUCGAAGCGGCACGUCCCACGAUCGGUGCACGCACGCGCGUGCCAAAAUCUCGAUUAUUUACGCGCAGAAAAAUCAAAUAUAUAGUUCCAAACAACAAUGGCAACUGGCAGCGGCAACCGAGAGCAAACGACCGACGCACCGCGCACUGUUUGAUCGGCACAGUUUCGCGCUGUCAAACACGCGCAUGCGCACGAUCAAUGCGGCGCCGGCGCGCCGUCCAAUCACGUUGUUACGCGCGAGACCACGUGCUACUACGAUUCCAAUUUCAACUCGACAGGAGGAACCGACGAGCUCGUCACGUCACCGAAUCACAGUCAUGCGGACUCUGGGGCGCCCGAAAAUUUGUCGAUUCCAGCAGAGAAGACGUGGCAGCUUCUAUCCAGCAUCAUGACCGUAAUUGUUGCGAGAUACGUAGUAUCUACGUAAAAGAUAGAGAUCUUAUAGUACUUGUUAUAAGGUUUCUAGUUUUAAUGGGGGCAUGCGAGCGCUGCUCCGAAAAAAACGUAUCUGCCGUGAUAAGUUUUGCGGUCGGAAUCGUUAUCAAUGCGGUGAUUUAGGAAAACUAGCGCCCUUCUUCCCGAUAAUUAAAUAGAUAGCUAGAAAAUUGUGAGCAGCGUCAUCGCCAGCUAAACCGUUAAACUGCGUGGCUGCGCAAGCGCAUUAAUUAAAAAUGAUUCGCGCAGCUGUGUGUGGCGCGUAUUUCAACUUGCACACGUUCUGUUAUAAUUGCCAGUGCAAAAUACGUAUACGCGAGAAUAUAUAUUAUAUUCUAUCUUUGAGUAAUGUUUUAAUACGCAGUAAUGUAACACAGAACAUUCUACACUGCCUAUUUAUUCGUGUAUCCAUUUGCAAAGACUUUGAACAUUGGAAAUGUUUACGGAUUUCUUGGAACUCUACUGUUCCAUUAGAUCGCGCGAUGUAUAAAGGAUAUGCGACACUUUGAGAGACAUGACAAUUAAUGAUUAAAAAGUAAUGAUCAGAAUUCUGACUGACAAUACUAUCGAAAAUGUUUCUUGAUUAAAAAAGUAUUACAUGGGUAUUAUAGAUUUUUUAUUUAUUUGUAUGCUAAAAUAUAUUUUCUGUAUACUUAUUAUUCUUUCAAUGUUAAUCUACUUUAUCCAGUGUUUAAUUUGCGUACUUUGUCCACAUUUAUAAAUAUAUAAAUAUCUAUAAUACUCAUGUCAACUAUUACGUUAUGUUACAAUUAUGCUAGGGUAAUUGUUAUCUUAUGUGCCUUACAAAUAUUUUUGUAAUUUAUACAUCAAAGAGAGGAUAUGUAAAUGUCAGAUCUGUCCAAAUGUAGCUUUUUUUGGAAUGUUAAAUCAAGUAUCUGGUCACUUACAUGUCAUCAAUGUCAAUUAGGCGACACUGUGUAAGUUUGAAGACAACAUCUGUUUUUAUAUAAUGCUUUCAUGAUUUCUCCUAAUGGUAGCUUGUUUAUCUUUGAUUUUAUAUGCAAU